UCCCGGACAAACUCGCUUCGAUCACCACCAUCCACGCCAUCAUCUGACCCACCCUCGUACGGCUUUAAUGGUCAAUCCACCAAAAAUCCCCUCCCGUUGAUCUUCAGUUCUGCACUGAUUUCCACGCGCGCGUACGCAUACAAUUCUCUCUCUCUCUCUCUCUCUAGUAUCAACGUAGACACUGAGAAUUGCAGAGCUCCAACUGAUCAAGCUGCUCCAGCCAAAACAAAACCAGUCCUUUUCUGGUCUAUCUCUCCCACUGGAAAUGCCCGAAACCAAUGAAGAUCCAACUCCGGACCCAAGCCCGAGAAAAUUUGAGAGGCCACCGCUCCUCAAGAAAUUCAAGACAAUCGCAGAACAUGAGGAGCCCACUCCUCACUUCCCCGGCCGACUCUUCCCCGCCGUCCGUCGCAUCUCCACACUCCCCAAUUCUCGCUCCCCUCGCAGGCCGUCCGAUCUUCGUGUCUCCGUCAGCAACGGUGAUGAUCCCUCCUCUCGACACGACAAUCGUCUCUCCGAUCGCGACUGGAUCUACCCUCCCUUUCUUGGCGCGUAUCCCGCGAGAGGCAGAGCGGUUCCGGUCAAGCCUAACUCCACCAGGUCGCGGAAGCUCGAGCGGUCGGAUUCUAGCCCUCCUGGCCGUUCGAUGGAUGUGAGAUUGGCGGAUGAGACGCGCCGUAUUCCGGCUCCUGUUAAUAAGAGCAAUGAUUCUGAUGAUAAGGAUUCGGAUGCUAAGAAGCCGUUGGUGGUGCCGAGUAAUCAAGCUUCGGUGAGUCCACUCGGUGUGUGCAGAACCCGGGGAUUUAAGCAGUCCUUCAUCCUAUAUUUGCUCAGUUUCACUUGUGUAAUAUCUGUACCUUAUGCAGUUUAUUUACAGAACAGAGUCGAAAAACUUCGGGAAGAGAAUGGCAACCUUUAUAGACUUUGUGGUGUUAAAGAGGUUCGUGGUGGCAGCUUGAAGGAUUUGCCAUUUGAACAUAAUAGCCCAUUCUCUUAUUUUAGUUGUGCUGCUGGUAGAACUGUUGCCUUGUACACUGUGGUGGUCACACUCAUUAUGCCAUUUCUGCUAUACAAAUAUCUUGACUAUCUUCCUCAAAUCAAAAGUCUUUCGAAGAGGACUAAGAUGAACAAGGAAGAGGUUCCCUUGAAGAAGAGAAUUGCAUACAUGGUGGAUGUAUGUUUCUCUGUAUAUCCUUAUGCAAAGCUGCUUGCACUCCUAUUUGCAACUAUAUUUCUUAUAGGGUUUGGUGGAUUGGCAUUAUAUGCAGUCAGUGAGAGUAGCUUUGCCGAGGCUCUUUGGCUUUCCUGGACUUUCGUAGCUGACUCAGGAAAUCAUGCUGACAGGGUUGGCACUGGGCCAAGGAUUGUUUCUGUCUCUAUAAGUUCAGGAGGCAUGCUGAUAUUUGCCAUGAUGCUUGGGCUUGUUUCAGAUGCUAUCUCAGAGAAGGUGGAUUCACUGCGAAAAGGGAAGAGUGAAGUCAUCGAAAGGAACCACAUACUUAUUCUUGGAUGGAGUGAUAAAUUGGGUUCACUCCUGAAGCAACUAGCAAUAGCAAACAAAAGCGUUGGUGGUGGUGUUGUUGUCGUACUUGCAGAACGAGACAAGGAGGAAAUGGAGAUGGAUAUUGCAAAGCUAGAAUUCAGCUUGAUGGGGACAUCUGUUAUAUGCAGAAGUGGCAGUCCUCUUAUACUGGCUGACUUAAAGAAGGUGUCAGUUUCAAAGGCACGUGCUAUCAUUGUAUUAGCUUCAGAUGAAAAUGCUGAUCAGAGUGAUGCACGUGCUUUGAGGGUUGUGCUCAGUCUCACUGGAGUGAAAGAGGGUUUGAGGGGUCAUGUUGUUGUGGAAAUGAGUGACCUUGACAAUGAGCCCCUGGUGAAGCUGGUUGGUGGGGAACUUAUUGAAACAGUAGUUGCUCAUGAUGUAAUUGGACGCCUGAUGAUACAAUGCGCUCUGCAACCUGGCCUUGCACAGAUUUGGGAGGAUAUAUUGGGGUUUGAGAAUGCUGAGUUUUAUAUCAAAAGGUGGCCCCAGUUGGAUGGUCUGCGUUUUGGAGAUGCACUUAUUUCAUUUCCUGAUGCAAUUCCUUGUGGAAUUAAGAUGGCUGCAGAUGGUGGGAAGAUAAUUUUAAAUCCAGAUGACAGUUAUGUUUUGAAAGAAGGGGAUGAAGUCCUUGUUAUAGCUGAGGAUGAUGACACAUACGCCCCAGGUCCCCUUCCAGAGGUAUGUAGGGGUCUUUUUCGAAAAAUACCUGACCAUCCAAAAUAUCCUGAGAAGAUACUGUUUUGUGGUUGGCGCCGUGACAUUGAUGAUAUGAUUAUGGUUCUAGAGGCAUUUUUAGCUCCAGGUUCAGAACUGUGGAUGUUUAAUGAGGUUCCAGAAAAAGAAAGAGAAAAGAAGCUCACUGAUGGUGGACUUCAUAUAUCUAGGUUAGAGAACAUAAAACUUGUGCACCGUGAGGGGAAUGCUGUUAUUCGACGGCAUUUAGAGAGUCUUCCCUUGGAGACUUUUGAUUCCAUAUUAAUUCUUGCAGAUGAGUCGCUGGAAGACUCUGUUGUGCAUUCUGACUCACGAUCCCUUGCCACCCUUCUUCUGAUCCGAGAUAUACAGUCAAAACGUCUGCCAUUCAAAGAUAAAAAAUCAACUUCUUUACGGUUAUCUGGGUUCUCCCACAGCUCUUGGAUCCGUGAAAUGCAGCAAGCUUCAGACAAAUCAAUAAUAAUUAGUGAAAUCCUGGAUUCUAGAACAAGAAACCUGGUGUCCGUGUCCAGAAUUAGUGACUAUGUGCUAUCAAAUGAAUUGGUUAGUAUGGCACUAGCAAUGGUAGCUGAAGACAAGCAAAUAAAUCGUGUUCUUGAGGAGCUAUUUGCGGAGGAGGGGAAUGAGAUGUGUAUCAAGCCUGCAGAAUUCUAUUUAUUUGACCAGGAGGAGCUCCGCUUUUAUGAUAUAAUGAUUAGGGGUCGUCAAAGGCACGAAAUUGUGAUUGGCUAUCGACUCGCAAAUGCAGAGUGCGCUAUAAUUAACCCUUCCCUGAAAUCAGAACCAAGAAAAUGGUCACUUGACGAUGUUUUUGUUGUUAUUUCAUGGGGUGAAUGAAAUGCAUAAAAGAGCAGCCCUUUGUACCAAUGGGAUGAAUCCCGUGUUAUUGUUUAGAUCCACCUCUGCUACAUGCCUCGCCCUUGCCCUUUCAGCCGUGAUAUCAAUCUUAACAUUAACAAUUGAGAAGGGUAAGUUCAUCUCAUCAAGAAAGCUAUUGGUUAUAUUGGGAAGAAUGUGAAGGGUUCCUAUUGUUCCUAUUGAAGGUGGUGAGGUGUCUAUUGGCUACAAAAGUUUCUCUAAAGACGUUGAUUAUUGAUUUAUUAUGAUCUGAAGGAAAAUCAUUUUUUGAGAGCGCAAGCUUACUGUAACUUAAUUGGAUUGGAUGAUACACAAUGGUCAGUUGACAACAGGGUGAAAGCUGUAGAGUGAUUUGCACAUAUGAAAAAUUCUAUAUGCAGUCAUUUUUGCGGACUCUUUUGUGCACUCCAGAGAUAUGAUUGGUUGUGUAUUAAAAAAAAAUUAAUCCAACCAAUCAUAUCAGUGGAGUGUGCAGGGAGUGCGUAAAAAUGACUGUAUGUAGCAUUACUCUUUGCAUAUAUGCUGUAGGCAUAUUAGAUCUUGGUGGAAUGGAUGGAACAAGAUUCUGUGGGAAAAUUCCCUUUUUAACACCAUUAUUUAAUAACAAGUUCUUCCUUCUGUUAGGCAUUUUCUGGCCAACUGGUUGAACUCUUCCUUGUAUGGUGGCCAAGUAAGAAACAGAUCCUUUCCCAUGAUUAUGUCAUGUAGAAAUCAAGAGAACAGUUGAAGAUUGUAACACUAUUUAGUUGAAUGCUAGUUGUUAUUUCAGUAUGUUCAAUACUCAACGAAGUAGAUAUUCACUUCCAAAUCUAACAAAUUUUAUUAGCCCAUCCCUCUCCUCAAAAUCCUCCAUCUGAAGAACAUUGAAAUCCCCGAAAUGGUAAAAGCUUCCUCUCUUUUCCUCUCCAUCUUGAGUGAAUGCGUCCCUUCUCCAAGCCCAACAACCUUUCAUAUCCUUCAAUUUUAAUUCUCUAGCAUCCUCCUCUUUUUGCUGGCAAGAAGUUGCUCGAACUAGCAACAACCAUCCAUUCCCAAGCAACACACAUCACUCCACUGCCUCUACUCAAGCCUAUUUCAGCCAUUUUUCUACUCUAUCCAAGAGGCAGGAUUAUGUAGAGGAAGACAGAAUGUGUCUCCAUUAAUCACUUCAAAACUACAAAUUCUAGUCCAUCCCUACCUUCAAUUUUUUUUUUUUUACACACUUUAAUUUAUUUGCUGCAAUAGAAUAUUUGUUGAGAAACCACCCUUUCCUUUUAUAGCUUUAAUCCCUUUAUAUUUUAUAAAUGAAAUGCACGUUUAGGAAUAAAAUAAUAAUAAUAACCGCUUUAACUAGCAAAUCCAAAUAUAUCCUGCUAUAUGUGCUGGCAUAACAUAAUAGGCAGGGAAGUCCUUAGAGUUCAAUAAUGGACUCCUGACCCUUCACAUCUUACGGUUCUUAAGUCUUGGCAAAUCAUGACCAUAUAAAUAAUUGGCCCUACACAUAAAUCAUAGACAUAAAAGUAGAUCAACUCAACCAGUUCAUAAUGCAACAUCAUCACAACAAAUCUUACAAAACUCCAUAACCAGAAGCAAGAAUGUUUUUUUUUUUUUUUGGUUUUUU